AUGUGUCUUUCAGCAGAAUUAUUUGAUCACUCAACUGCUCGGGCGAGCAUUUUUCCACUUUCGAACAUACUAGGCAGUGAAUUCCUGGAUGCCUACAUAGGACUCAUAGCAAAUCAGAAGCUCCAGACUGAACUAUACGUUCUUUCGUUCUUGCUCAAAGAACGAGUUUAUCCUGGCGAUCUUUGGGAAAUAAUUGGGGAGCGCAGCAUAGAGGCGAAACAAGAGGAAAUGUUGCGAAGGUAUCAGAGCGUAUGUACUAACGAGGAUAGCGGAAAACAUACAGCCGUAGAACGAAUUCUUUUAGAAGAGAGGAGGAAACGAUGCCAGAUGGAAGUGUCUUUGUACACCCAGGCUAUCGAAGUCUUAGAGCAACACUGGUUGUCACGCCUGGGAGCUCGAUCCAAGCAUGCCAUCAGGCCUCCCUCGAGGCAGACGGUUGCUCCUACAGACUAUGCACCUCUACCUUGCACGCCAUUGGCCUGCUCAAUAGCAGCACGAGGGAGGUGUGAAAUUUGGCUGAUGAAGAACGAUGCCCGCCUCAUCCCAACUGCAACUUCUUUGAUGGAGGCAUUAUCACCUCUACACCACUCUAUCUCUUCAUGUAUUGGCCCCUCAUUGCCCCUGUCGAGUACAUGGGUCACCGCUGACGUCCAAGAAGCCUUUUACCAGUCAUUCAAGCAGGAACUGACUAUGCAGGCGGAGCUGAUGGUGACAUCCCUGGCUACCAGACGUAGCAAUGCCUAUCUGCGCAACCUUGGGCUAGAUUUGCUCAUCUUGCAGGCCAAGAGACGCCGCGCCCACGCCGAGAUAGCGUUAUAUACGAUGGCCAUUGAUAAUUUGCAUGGGUACAACCUCUCUAAUACCAGUUCAUCAACAUCUUCAAAUCCAAACAUUCUGCGACCUCUGUGUAAGGAAACGCACUACUACAACGAGGACAUCGAAGACGGCACAGAGGAAAGCUGUGGAGACUAUGAAGAUUACGAAGAUUACGAAGACUGCGAAGACCUCGACAUUAAGAGUAUAUGUUGGAGAAUGUGCUUGUGUUCCUUGGAGGCAGAUGAGGUAGCGGGUGACCAUUCUAGUAGAAAGCUACCAGCUGCAGUAUAUGAUCAAGAAUUCAUUCGCGUGCUAGUUGGAUGCAUAAUUCCGGAGGAACACAUAGAUUUCCUUGCAAAGCUCCCCGAUUAUAGACACAUCGUAUGGCCUUCUGCUCUUCAGCUGAACGAUCUCAAAAUAGCACCUGCGACUUUGGGCUCCUGUCCAUACCUGUUCGCCACCUGUCAAAACCGCUACCUGGGCCAUCGACUGACUUUUGUCGGGCAAUUCAUCUUCAACGCAUUGGCCUACUGCUUCUGGUACCAGUGUCCUUUUGCACAUUGCGUGUGCCUCGCGUUUGAACCGACCGCCACUAUUGACUUGAAUGAAGGCCUAAAGGCCAAAUACAUGAAGACUAGAAUGCUACAACAGCCGCAGUCCAUCCCAAGAUCGUUUCGACCGGUCUCAUUCUAUGGAACCACACUUCUGGGGUUCCGGUUCCCGGUGGAAGUCGUCUUGAAAAGAUUGAGGAUUCUCUAUGGGAAAAACUUCGCAGAGAUACAUGGCAAACCGAAUGUUCGAGCCGCAUCAGACUCCCGGAAUUGA